CAGAGGGAGGAUCAGGCAUGUGUGAGGCUGCUGGCGAGUAACUAGGGACAACCACAGAAGCGCAGCUCUCAGGAAGGCAGCAGGGGGAGGCAACAGCUCUGGGCCUCAGUGCAUCAAAGAGCUGGAGUGAAACCUGAACUGCAGGGGCAGACAAUAGAGGGUCCCACAGCCAGUACACACUGCUGCCAGGGCGGGACAGGGGAGGCAGGGAGGGCCUGGGAUCCUCACUGGAGGUUGUGAUUCAUGAAUUAACCAUCAGAGGAGAAAGGGCUGCGAACAAUGGGGAAAUCCAACAGCAAGCUGAAGCCAGAAGUGGUGGAAGAACUGACCAGGAAAACGUACUUUACAGAGAAGGAAGUGCAGCAAUGGUAUAAAGGAUUUAUUAAGGAUUGCCCCAGCGGACAGCUUGAUGCUGCAGGAUUUCAGAAGAUUUACAAACAGUUCUUUCCGUUCGGAGAUCCCACCAAAUUUGCUACUUUUGUCUUCAAUGUUUUUGAUGAGAACAAAGAUGGACGCAUAGAGUUUUCAGAGUUCAUCCAAGCCUUGUCAGUCACUUCCCGUGGGACGUUGGAUGAGAAGCUACGCUGGGCAUUUAAACUGUAUGACUUGGAUAAUGACGGCUAUAUAACAAGAAAUGAGAUGCUGGACAUUGUAGAUGCAAUUUAUCAGAUGGUGGGCAACACUGUAGAGCUACCUGAAGAAGAAAAUACUCCAGAGAAGAGAGUUGAUCGGAUCUUUGCAAUGAUGGAUAAGAAUUCAGAUGGCAAGCUAACCCUACAGGAGUUUCAGGAAGGAUCAAAAGCUGACCCCUCUAUUGUGCAAGCACUCUCUCUAUAUGACGGAUUGGUAUAGGGGGCACCCACCCCUGCAGUGUAUGCCAUGGGUCAGAUCCCUUCUGUGCCACCAGACCAUGUCAGUAACGCAGCUUGUCUUCUUCCUUCACUCUCGUCCUGCGCAGGGAUAGGACUGACCUGCUCUCUCCCGAUCACUUUUUUUUUUUUUUUUAAACUUUGAUGGGGCAGAACUGCAUCCGCCGCUGCCAACACCCCCCUGCUUCUCUCUCCUUCCAGACCAUCUCCUUUCCUGCAGCUUCUUGUGCUAUCUUUCCCCUACGCAAGAGGUUUUUUUUUCCUCAAUUGCACCAGGAAGAACCAGCCUUUCCCUCCAACUAAUGAACUGCAGGAUGUCAGGUCUCUAUUGCAGGAGAUAAUUAAAAUACGGUAUCUCUUCCACCGCUACCGAGACUUGUUUCCCAAGCAGUGGAAUAGGGUAUCCCCUAGCAGAGGGUUGCAGUCUGGCAUGGGAUAAAUGACUAACGGUCAGGCUAUUUCCAGCCCUGAGGGCUUUAAGAAGAUGAAAGGAUUCCGUUUGGGAUCUCCAAUAAGAGUGACGUUAGUGGACCAGGCUGGCUCUGUCUGUCUGUAUCUAUGUCCUCGACCCUGGGCCUGCAGAGCACGGCACUCCAUGGAUCAAAUCAAAUUACAUGAUGCUGAAGUGUGCUUUUAUUGUGAAUAAGUGAUUUUUUAUACAUAUAUAUAUAACAUAUCUUUUUAUUUAUUUUUUCUUGAUGUAGUCAUGUUUGUCACAUACUUUUAUCGGGUGGGUGGGAAAACUACGUAUUAAACCCCUUACUUGUAUAUUCACUGCAUAGAUGGUACACGCAAAUUACGUAGCAAAAGGGUUGACAAGAGCUUUUUUUUUUUCUUCCCUGACACAACCUGGCUGAAAUUAAAUGCAUUCUCUGCUGCCGACUUUUUGUGUUUUUUUAAAAUAAAAAGGGAAAAAAAUUAGAAAUACAAGACAAGCAAAAAUUCUCCCUUAAAUUUUAAAUUAAAUUCAUAAUAAAUUUUCAAUUAAAUAUUGCAAAAAAACAUAAUGUAAUUUACUUCUGAAAUUUAUGAUUUUUCUAUCCCAAUAAUUUUAAGGCACAAGUGGCUCCCUGGUACCUGGGCUUGUCAAGCCCUGUUCUAAAGCUAUAUUUUUAACUGCUUAUAAAACAUUUGUUGUGUAUACAGAGCUUUUGUAGCUCAAUGCUUUAAUUGCUGAUGUAUUAUGUGCAUAUACAUACAAAGAAUUGUAUUGUCCCUUUAAAUGAAAGCGUGGGUGACAAUUUACCAGUUGUUGACUUGGCUACCAGAGGUCGGUGCUGUGGUUUAAAAAAGUCCUUUACUUUUUUGUUAAAAAUAAGUUGUUGAACUAGCUAUUGGCUAUACAAAUACUCAUCAAACCUGGCACAGUGUAGCCUUUCCAGAAGUGGCCAAAAUUCUACCAUUAUAUAGCAAAGAAACCUAAUGUUAACGUCAUUCCAUCUAUAAAUUGCACCAUUUACAGCUAAAAAAUAAAAUUACAAAAGGAAGUCCAUAAAAUAAAGUAAAUGUUUUAAAAAAACUGAAACAUAAAAUAUGUUUUAUUUCUGUGGUUUUAAUAACAUCAGUCACCAUUCCAUUAAAUACAUUAAAAAAAUACAAAAUGA